AUGCCUGAGAAGCUUGAAAUCGCCAGGCAACACUUUGCAUCGCUGGGAAUGCCUAUGAAAUGUGCGCAAUACGACAUAGCGAAAGCUUCGGAUCGGUCAAAUCCUGCAGCUGGUACGGUGAUCGGCGUGUUGCAAAACCAAAAGGUAUACCUGUACGUCGAGGACAAGCUCAAGGACAGUACCGACUUCAACCAACAAGCCCGUGCAACAUUAUCCACACCAUCCGUUUCAUCCUCUGGUUCAACUGGCCAAACAUCACCGACGCCAACCGGCCAGACGCAAAGCUUCUGGGCAUUCUCCACAAGCCUGAGACAGUUCUCCUAUCGGACUCGAGACAAUCAAUUGGUGCCACAGUCACAAUGGCCCCGGGCAACCGGUAGACACGUAGUCAUCAUAGCGGAGACUGGAAGGACUAUGGGCUAUGACUUUGACUCCAGACAGUGGCUCAGCGGUGGAAACUAG